CAUCAUCAAUAGCACAGGAAAUUAUUUCUUCAAAUGAUGAUGAUGAUGAAUCAUCAGUAUCAAUGAUCACAGUAAAAAAUUCCGAAAAAAUUUAUAAAAAAAAUUUAAAUAUUUUAAUAAAAAAUGAUGAAAAAAAAUUUUUACCAUUUGAAAAUAUUCCAGCAGCAAAAGGAUUACCAAUAUUCGGUACACAUUUAGAUUUUAUUGCUGCUGGAUCAGCACAACAUUUACAUACAUAUAUUAGUAAAAGACAUGAACAAUUGGGACCAAUAUUUCGUGAAAAAUUAGGUAGUACUCAGGAUGCUGUAUUUGUAGCUUCACCAAAUUUAAUGAGAACAGUUUUUAAUUAUGAAGGACAAUAUCCAACACAUCCCUUACCAGAAUCAUGGACUAUUUAUAAUAAUAAACAUAAUUGUCGAAGGGGUCUAUUUUUCAUGAAUGGACGAGAAUGGUUACAAAACCGAAGAAUAAUGAAUAAAUUUUUAUUAAAUGGUAAUUGUAAUUGGAUCGAUCAACAUAUUCACAAUUCGUCAAGAAAUUUAAUUGAUUUAUGGAAAAAAGAAUAUCGAAGGCAAAAAACUUCAUCAUCAUUUCUUGAUUUAAAUAAUUUGGAGGCUCAAUUAUACAGAUGGUCUAUUGAUGUUCUUACUUCAAUAAUGUUUGGAAUUUCAAUAUCUAAUUCCUCGUCUGAAGAUCUUUUGAAUGAAAUUGAAAUUUUUUCAAAAAAUGUUAAUAAAAUAUUUGAAUCAAGUUCAAGUUUAAUGAACUUUCCACCAAAAUUAGCUGAAAUAUUAAAAUUAAAAAUAUGGACUGAUUUUGAAACUAAUGUUACUAAUGUUUUAGAAAUGGGUAAUAAAAUUAUUGAUAAAAGUGUAAGUGAAUUUGGAUAUGGCAAUGGAUUAUUAUCUAAAAUGAUUGAAUGCAAAAUUUCAAAAGAUGAUAUAAAAAGAAUAUUUGUAGAUUUAAUAAUAGCAGCAGGUGAUACGACUGCUUAUUCAACUCAAUGGGCCUUAUAUUUAUUAACGAAAUCAAGAAAUAUACAGAAAAUUGCAAGAAAUGAAAUUAAUAGUUUAAAAGCAAAUGAGGAAAGUCAAUAUAUAAAAGGUUUAAUUAGAGAAACUUUAAGACUAUAUCCAGUAGCGCCAUUUAUUGGUAGAUUUUUAGCAACUGAUGCUAUAAUAGGAAACUAUAGAAUUCAUAAGGAUACACUAGUACUUUUAUCACUUUAUACCUCUGGACGAGAUGAAAAUAGUUUUCCUAAUGCCUUAAAAGUUUCUCCAGAACGUUGGUUUAGAAACCCUAAUGGCGAGUUAAAAGGUGUUUUGCAUCCUACUGCAUCCAUUCCUUUUGCUAUGGGAAUUCGAUCGUGCAUUGGCAAAAAAAUUGCUUUAAAUCAAAUGUACUCUUUGAUAUCCCAGAUUAUUCCAAAUUUUGAAAUAUUAUGUUUAAAUGAUUCAGAUGUAGAUGUGAUUUUACGUAUGGUGGCUGUACCGAAUCAACCGAUUCGCUUAGUUAUAAGAGAAAUAUAAGUAAAAUU